AUGGGCAAUUUCGAUCAUAACGCCGUGAUUCGCGGCGCUCAACUGACGGUGGUUGCAACCGUUCGCGCAUUGCGGAACCCUGACCUGUUCAAGUACGACCACUUUCGACAGGCUGCCUUUGCUGUCGCGGUCGGUGUGGGUGUCGAGCUCCUCAUCCAGAUCCCCAUCAUCGCACUCAAGAUUGGGCUUUGGUUCAUCUCAUGGAUUGUCGACCUCGAGAGUGUAACUUGGGACGACUCCCUCAUUGAGGGUCUCGACUUCCUCUCCAAGUCUGUCCUCCAUGUCCCCUUCCUCAUCAUGUCGUUGAUGCGGUACAUCACUCCGACAUUGGAUGAAAUCUUCAUGGAAUCGUUGAAAUGGGUGGACACGACCUAUGUCGAUAAGCACAAGGCAGAGGACCCGAGCACUCUGCGUGCCAUGUACUACCCGAACCUUUCUAUGUACAACGCCGGUGAUGGCAAGGUCAAGUCCACUGCGCCGAAGAAGUCAGCCAAAGAAAGAAUCGUGGUGUUCCUUAGAAGGUCCGGCCAACGAGCCGCUCUGCUCCUGGGCGUGUCCAUUUUGUCUCUUGUGCCUGUUGUCGGACGCUUUGCCACUCCAGCAGCUUCCUUCUUUGCCUUUAAGGAUGCUGUGGGAACUACCCCUGCGGCGGUCAUCUUCGGAGCUGGCUUGAUCUUCCCGAAGAGCUACGUUGUUUCCUUCCUGCACAGCUUCUACGCCUCUCGUACCCUGAUGCGUGAGAUGCUCGACCCCUACUUUAGCCGCGUUCCCUUCACCCCCGAGCAAAGAAACCGCUGGUUCGCCGACCGUCAGGGCGUCCUCUUCGGUUUCGCCUUUGCAUUUACAGUUGUGCUGAAGACUCCCUUCAUCGGAGUUCUCCUGUACGGCAUUGCGCAAGCCGCCACGGCGUAUCUCGUCACCAAGGUCACGGACCCCCCGCCGCCCCCCUCGGAGAAAGAGGGCUUCGCAGAGACCCAGGUGACUUGGAAUAACAAACACGAGUUCCUGCGCCUGUCGCUGGACAACAUUGACCAGCUGAACAAGGCUCCAGAGGAGGAAAAGCCCAAGGCGCCUGAGGUGCCGGGCCGGAAAUUCGAGUAA